AUGGAAACAGAGACCGAGUCUACUCCAUCACAUGAAGUUGAUUCCAAUGUAGUGGAGUCUAGCUCAAGAGUAAGAGAAAAGGUUGAUCCGGCUUGGGAACAUUUUAGCCUUGGGGCAGAUGAGAAGGGACGGAAUACUUUUACAUGUGUGUAUUGUAGGAAAACAUAUAAAGGUGGGGGUAUUAAUAGGAUGAAAAAACACUUUGCGAGGAUUAAAGGUGAUAUUGGAUCGUGUCAUGAUAUGAGAUACCAAAUGUUGGAAUAUGUGAAGGAGGUUGAGUUGAAGAAAAAAGCUGAGAAACAACGUCAAGAAGAAAUGUUUAGUGUGGCUUCCACAAAUAGUGAUAUGCAAGAAGAUGAAGAUGUUCAAAAAGUAUUUAGUCGUGGGUUGCCUAAAAAACCUGUUUUAGGUAAAAGAAAGGGUACAAAUCUAGUGGAUAAUUACUUUGCUCCAAGAACUACUCCAGGAUCUCAACCUGGUCUUAAAAGUGUGUUCCAAAGUAAAGAAAUGGUGAGGCAAGCUGAUAUGGCUAUUGCAAGGUUUCUGUAUGACAAUUGCAUUCCUUUUAAUGUAGUGAAUUCAGUGUACUACCAAAGGAUGAUUGACGCCAUAGCUACUGCUGGUCCUAGUUACAAAAGUCCAUCUUAUCAUGCUAUACGGGCCCCUUUGUUGAGGGACCAAAAGAAAGAGGUUCAGUUGUUGGUUGAGUCACAAUUUAGGCAUUGGGCAGAAGUUGGAUGUACACUUAUAGCUAAUGGUUGGAUAGAUACUAGACAUAGGUCAUUGAUUAAUUUCCUUGUUUAUUGUCCUAAGAGAAUGGUAUUUGUAAAUUUAGUUGAUGCCUCAGAUAUUGUGAAGAGUACCAGAAACUUGUUUAAAUUGUUUGAUGAAGUAGUUACAUGGGUUGAUCCAAAAAACAUAGUUCACAUGGUUACUAAUAAUGCUUCCAAUUAUGUAUCUGUUGGUAAAUUGUUGUGUGAAAAGUAUAAAACUAUUAGUUGGUCUCCUUGUGCAGCACAUUGCCUGAAUCUUGUGUUGCAGGAUAUGGGAGACAUGCCUCAUGUGGAGAGACUCAAAAAACGUGCAUCCAAAGUUACAAUUUUUAUUUAUAAUCAUGUGGCUUUGAUUGCUUGGUUGAGGAAGAGACCUGGUUGGACAGAUAUUGUACGUGUAGGAGCAACAAGAUUUGCUACUACUUUCCUUUCAUUUGGAAGUCUUCAUCUGCAUAAGCAUGACUUGCAAGCCUUAGUGACUAGCAAGUUCUUUGUGGACAAUAGAUUGGUAAGAGAGUCAGAGGCAAAAGAAGUAGUUUCUAUCAUUUUAGAUAAUUCUUUUUGGGAUGAUAUUAAUGUUCUUGUCAAGAUUUCAUCGCCACUCAUUCGUUUGUUACGAAUUGUUGAUUCUGAUCAAAGGCCUGCAAUAGGAUAUAUGUAUGAAGGCAUGCAUAGAGCACGGUUGGGAAUCAAGAAGAUCUUCCGAAUGAAGAAGCAGUUGUACAAGCCAUACACCUCAAUUAUAAAAAACCGUUGGGACAAACAUUUGCAUAAAGAACUUCAUGCUGCUGCAUAUUGGUUAAAUCCCGAUUUUCAAUAUGAUGAGAAGAAUUUUUGUCGGAAACCAGCAGUACAAAUGGUUGUUUUGGACUACAUUGGGACAAAAUAUGAUGGUGAUAAAGAAAAGAUAAUUAAGGAAGCCCAAUAUUUUCGAGACCGUAUUGGGAGCUUUGAUAGAGAUCUUGCAUUGUCAACAAGCACAACCACUCAUCCAGAGGAAGACCCAUAUCUUAAUUAUGAAGAGUUGGAGAAUGCAAUUUAUGAAGAGGGUGCAUAUCCAACAAGUGCAGGGCCUUCUUCUAAUAUUGAAGAAUCUGUAGAUGAUAGUAGUGAGGUUGAAGGAAUUGAUUUGGGAACAUUUGGACAACCUGUUGGCCCUUCUCCUGGAUUUCCAGGGAAUGAUGAUGAGCAUGAUAACUAUCAUGACAUUGAUGAUUUAUGA